AUGGAAAAAGCAAACCAAUUUUUGGCACAGAAUAGAUUAUCAGAAGCUGUCGAAGCUUACUCCGAUGUUUUGCAAAAGGAUCCCAAGAACUACCAGGCUCUCUAUAGACGAGCCACAGUCUAUCAGGCUCUGGGCAAAACUAAAAACGCGAUUCCAGACUUGACAGCAGUAUUGGAAAUUCGCCCUGACUUCAAGCAGGCCCAAACGGAACGAGGAAAAAUCUACAUCAAGCAAGGACGUUACGAUCUCGCGGAGGAGGAUUUCAAAAACGACGAGGCUAAAAGAAACGAAAUCCAGGCACUCAAAGAAGCUGACAAGGCCUACCAUGCCGCCAUGUACAAAGAAAACUCGUUUGAAGAAGCCAUUGCUCACUUGACUACACUCCUAGAAAAAUCUCCAUGGAACAUCGAAUAUCUUGAAGCUCGAGCUUCAUGCUAUGAACACCGUGGCAAGUUCGCUGAUGCUAUUUUAGACUUGAGACCAACGACUAAACUUAACCCUGACAACACGAAAGCGUGGUUGAAAAUCUCGACUCUCUACUAUUCGCAAGGACAGGUAGAACAAAGUUUGGAAUCCAUCCGAGAGUGCUUACGACUCGAUCAAGAUCACAAAGCUUGUGGCGAUCACUAUAAGAAAGUGAAGAAGCUUAACAAGCACCUCGUUGCUGCCAAUGAUGCUGCUACCAAGAACAACUGGAAAAAAACAUUCGAGUCCUUGGAAUCUGCCGAAAGCGCGAAUAAAGACAAUAUUCAUCAAGUGAAGGCAGAAAUCGAGCAGUUGAGAUGCCGAGGUUCUGCAGCCUUGAAGGACGAAACCGGAAUCGAACAUUGUAACAGGGCGCUGGAGCUAGACGAUAAUCACGCUCGAACGUAUGUCCGCCGCUCAGAACUUCACACAGUUCUUGGAAAUUACGAAGAAGCGCUUGCUGACCUGGAAAAGGCUCAAGAAAUUGAUAACAACUACGCUGAUAUUGAGAGGCUGAUUCAAGAAGCUAAAAAGCGUCUGAAACAAUCGAAGAAGCGCGAUUACUACAAGAUUCUCGGCGUCAACAGAAAAGCGAAGAAGAAGGAAAUCAAGAAAGCAUACAGAGAAAAGGCGGCAAAGGCGCAUCCCGAUGCAUUCGCAAAAGAUAAUCCUGACGCGAACGAAGAGCAACUCAAAAAGGCUGAGCAACAAUGGCUUGACAUUGCUGCUGCUUUUGAAGUGCUUACUGAUGAUGAGAUGAGAGCUCAGUUCGACGCAGGAAAAGACCCUCUUGACGCCGAGCAAGUUGCCGAAGACAACAGAAAUCCAUUUGGAAGCGGAUUUAAUCCGUUCAGAAACGCUGGCGGGGGAGGUUUCCGUGGGGGUGGCGGACAAAAGUUCCACUUCCAUUUCUAA